AUGUAUUUUCCGACGAAACCAGAAGAAUACUUAAUGUAUGGAAUAACAAGAUUCAAGGACGAUGAUGAAGUUGUUUUUGAUAGCGAUCCUUUAUUGAUUAUCGAAUACAAUCAACCGGGUCUUGCAAGCCGAACACCUGGUUACGUUCCUAUUGCAUUUUCAAAUUUUAAUCAGGCGUCACAAUCCAAUUCGGUAAUCACGUUUAAUCAUAUGCAAACAUUGGAUAAUGCUAUAGUACGAUUAUAUAUGAGUUAUAAUAACCAUUUGUUAGGACGACAAGAUCCUAUAGUUGGACGAGUAAAUGUGGUGAUAUUUGCAAAGGCAAACAAAUUUGAAGUAUCGGAAUGA